AAUUAUGGUGCAUACAGCUUUUUUUUCGAAAGUCAAGCAUUCUAAAGUUUGACCAGGUUUCUUGAGAAAAAUAUUUACAUCUACAACACCAAAUAAAUACAGUAUCAUUAUAUUUCUUUUAAUUGUAUUUGUUUGGUAUUAUUGAUGUUGAUAUUUUCCUCUAUACACUUGGUCAAACUUUACGAAAUUUUAACUUUGAAAUGGCUAAUUGCAGUUAGGUUUUAUUAGUUCAGUAGAAGAAUCUAGACAAAGGGAAGUAUAUGUCAGCAUGUUGUGCUCUCUGUUCACAGAAAAAUCAUGGAUAACAUCAGAUGUAUGCAGGUAGCCUGUCACUUUAAUGAUGGAAUUUAAAUUUAGAGUUUGAUGUAUCUGUUCAUGACAUUUGGAGCUUUCUUGAGGGUGAAACUUCACUGAAAGUUCAGUUUUUGAUACAAGUAUUCAGAUUUGACUCCAUGAUAGUGGUGGAAAACUGGAACAUGAGGUUCCUGCAGUUGCCAUUCAGUUUGGCAUAUUUUCACACUCCCAACACUGUACUGUGCAAGAGUUAUGUCAUGUAAUCAUGUGCCAUCCCUAGCAAUCCAUCACUUUGAAUAUAUGAGUUUUUUUUUCGGCACUCUAUAUUUGCCAACUAGGAGUAUAACACAUGCAGUGCUACAACAAUUAUAAGCAACUUUUAGGCUAAUAGUGGCAUGCAGUAGCAAGCGUUCAACCUGCACACAGUAUGAAUGAUCAUAUCUUGAAUGUGAAUAUGUCAAAAAUCAAGAGCAUAUUUGUUGUCCCACAUGUCCUAGUCAACUACUAUCGUGGAUGGAUGCUUGCUGCAGUGUUUUGAUUCAGCACCACAGUUUCUGGUCAUGUCUAUUUCACUAGGGUAGUGCACAAUUGAUUUGUUUUGUGCCUUAUAUCAGGUUGCUUUUACCUUGCCUGCCACUGUAAAGCUUUCUUCACUGGAAGAGUUACCCUGCGUUUCUGUGGCAAAACAUGUCAUUGUCUAUCAUUUCCUUUAAAAUGAUCAAUGUUUCCACUUGCGUAAGAUUUGCCAUACAGAGGACAUUGGUAUCUAACCAUCACAAAAAUCCCUAAUUGCAGUUGGGUUUUCUUAGCUCAAUAGAAGAAUCUAAACAAAGGGUUAGUUUUUGUAAGUCACUUCAUUCUUUAUCUGAUAAAUCUUAGGCUGCCUAGUAUUUCUGCUAAACCACUGUACUGAUGGAAGUUCAGUAUAGACUGAUGUAUCUGUUAAUGAUAUCCUCAUUCUGCUGUACAUUGCUGGAUUGAAUAAGCAUGUUAUCUGGCUUCCUGAUUGUAACCCAUGACCACUAAUGUUAAUGCAUAAGACUUCCCCUGUGUCCAUUUCUGUGAAUGCACACUCGGUUGUUUUCUGCUCAUGUCUAUUUCAGCACUAAUCAGAUCGAUUUUACUUUGCAUGUUAUUAUAAGGUUUCUUGACUGAAGAACUUCCACCGAAAGUUCAGUUCUUGAAAUAAGCAUGCAGAUUUGACUCGGUGAUAGUGGUGGAACAGUUUAACAUGAGGAUCCCGCGGGCUGCCGUUGUCAUUUUCAAUUUGGCAUGUUUUCACACUCUCCGCCAUCUUGAUCCUGCGGUUGUACUUACUUUGAAUUAUGUGAUAUUCCUGGCUUCACAAUCUGAACUGCACAUGGGUGAAUAUCGCGUGGUUGGGAUUUUCUUGUUUAGAAUCUUGUUUGCUGUUGACUUCGAGGCUGUGGAGCAUGUGGCAUCUCCAAUCCUCACAUCAAGACCAGGAUCGGAUCAUCACCGUAUCUUUUCUUCAGAAAUACUAUACUGCAUGCCAGGUUGGGGUCAGGUCCAUAGACCAAGUAGUAUCAAGUUAACUUGCUGUUUAGUUGGCUAACCCCAAGGGAGCAGCCACAAGUUCCUAUCUUAAUUGAGCGUCAGGAGCCGGCGUGGCGAUCGACAUGGCGUCAAAUGCACAGUUUAUGGCUGUGAUGCUGCUACAUCUGUGCACCACGUCCUCCUCCCUAUACCUCGGUCCACCACGCCAGGCGCACAACUACCUCCGUUUUGCCGACGUCAAUCGCCAUUGCCAGUCCAUGCUCUCGUCGGCCACCGAGCUGGCCUACGAAGCCAACCGUCCCUACCAAGUGAGGCACCAGCUAUCCUUCGAGAAGGGCGACUGGCGCCAGGACGCCGACCAUGCGCCUCUCCUGCCGUUCGUCGCCGGUGACGCGCCAAAGAAGGGCGCUCGCCGGUUGCCUGAACCCCUGUCCCUUGCAACAUUCGUUGUCACGCAUGUUGACGACGACGAGGAGCACCGUGCAAGGCCAGCCGUCAACAUCAGCGGCGUCCUCGUCCUUGCCCGGAAGAGUGCCGCGCCGGAGUUCGCGCCAGGUAUGUCGGCCGUGUCGCCGGAGUUCAACCUUUCGGCGGGCAGCACCAGGCUCAAGAUUAUAUUUGUAGGCGUGUACACGGAGAGUGCAGAUAGCAAUGGGGAUGGCGACGGCGAGCGAGUACUGUGCAAGGUCGGGAGCGCUGUCCUGCCGAAGCGCAGCACCGGCGGCGUUGACCCGUGGGACUGGGCCAAGAACUCCGACCGGAGCAGCUUCCGGUCGCCUGUAACGGCCGACAACAACAUACUGCUCGUGCUACGGUACCCGAAGAAGCUGACACUGACAACCCGUGCGGUGGCCGGCACGAUGCGGAGCACGAGCGGCGCGUCGGAUGCGUCCUACUUUGACACCGUGCAGCUCGUGUCAGGGCUCAUCUCCUACAGCAUGUACCAUUACCAGCCCCAAGAGCUCGCCGCUGGCGCAGGCCACGCGCUCCCUUCGAGCGGCGCCGAUGAUGGCGUGUCCAGCCGUGCAAGGGAUGUGUACAACGGAAGCUAUCCAUGCCUAGUCCUUAACCGAAAUGCUUAUGGACAAGUCAGCACCGUGCUCCCCGGAUGGCAGUGCAACUCCACGGCAGCGACGGGCGGGUCGUGCCACGGCAUCGGGCCGUUCGAAAUGGACAAAGCAGCAGACGCGGACGCGUUCGCUGGGGUUGGCAUCAUAAUGCAGGACUUCCAGUGCCUGGAGCAAUACGACAUGGCCGGCCCGACCGGCACCGCGAUGGUGUCGGUCGUGUUCCGCGCCCUGUCCCCAUGGGAGGACUGGAGCACGGCGAGGUCGCGCUCCGGGCUUAGCGGGAAGACACUGUCGGCCGAGGGAGUCUGGAAAACAUCGACAGGGCAGGCCUGCAUGGUGGCAUGCCGUGGCAUCGCGGGCAAGAAGGCGUGCAACUUCCGGGUGUGCCUCUUCUUCCCGACGACGAUGUCCAUUACCGGCCUCGACACCAUGCUGCGAGAGAUAACCGGCGUGGACGCAGCAGCCGGCGGAGUGGCAUACCCGCCCCUCCUGUCGUUCCGGCAGCACAUGAGCCCGCCACGCCUAUGGGGCUACUAUCCCGACGAUGGCAUACCGCUGGUGUCAUACAAAUACAACUACGCGAAGGUCAAUCAGGCCGGCGAGCUGCGCCGGAGGAGCCAAUUGCCGUCGCACUUCCGCAAGAUCGUUGCGAAGUCUCUGUCCAUGAGAGAUGGCGCUGGCAAUGACAGGAGGAGCCUGUCCAGCCUCGCCGACAGGCUCACUCUCUGGUUCAUGGCCAUGCCAGACCUGUUCCGGCAGGAAUGGAUUGAGCGUCCGAUCCUUCACUUGGAGGUCUUCUCCCUCGAGCAGGUCAUCGACCGCUAUUCACCCCCGCAACACGGGGAUGGCAGACCAACAAAAGAGCCUGGAACGGAGGGGCGCAUACUACUCAAUGUGUCGGCCGAGCUCACCAUUUUUAAGGAUCGUUGGCCCCAAAAAUCAGUGAUGUCGCUUGAAGGCGUGUACAAUCCAGACGACGGUCGGAUGCACCUGAUCGGCUGCCAAGAUGUCCGGCUCCCGUGGCAAAACUCAUCGACAAGCAGAGAUCUGGGACUCGAACAAGGGAUGGACUGCUCCAUCGAGGUGAAAGUCGAGUACCCGCCGACCACGAUGCACUUGUUUGUCAUGUCGACGGCGAAGGUGCAGAUAGCGAGCACGAGGACGGCCGUCGACGCGCUGCAUUUCAAGGCGGUGAAGCUCAGGGCUAUGCCCUCGUACCCGCAGCAGCGGCCCAGCGGGUUCUACCGAGGCGUCGUCAAUGGCGUGCUCUGCAUUGUACUGCUAUCAGCCACGAUCGCGGCCGUGCUCAGCCAGCUGCGCUACAUCAAGACGCACACCGACGUGGCGCCGUACAUCUCCCUGGUCAUGCUCAGCGUCCAGGCUCUCGGCUACGGCAUCCCGCUGGUCACGGGCGUCGAGGCGAUCCUAGCGAGGGUGACCUUGCGCUCGUCCGGCGAUGUCGCCAAGGCGACGUCUUCUGGACGAACUCCCUACUACAUGUUUGACACGUGGCGGCUGUGCGAGACCAUCGACCAGGCGGUGAAGGUCCUCACGGUCUGCGCCUUCAUCCUCACGGUGCGCCUCGGCCAGAAGGUGCGGCGCUCGAGGGCGCGCAUGGUGGAGCGGUCGCCGCUGGACCCGGCGUGCGUGCCGAGCGACGGCAGGGUGUUCGUCUACUACUGCGGCGUGCACCUGGUGCUCUUCGUGCUCAUCCUCGCGCUCAACAGGGAGGCCAUGGCCGUCGAGCAGCAGGUGGCGCUGAUGCAGGACCUGUUCCUGCUCCCGCAGGCGAUUGGCAACGCCGUGUGGCGGAUAAACUGCAGGCCGCUCAAGGGGAGCUUCUACGUCGGCGUCACCUUCCUGCGCCUGCUGCCGCACGCGUAUGAAUACGGAGGGCCGCCGGCUGAUUUCCGUUCGCGCUCGGUCGACGUCAAUGCCGGCAGUCAAGGGCGCUUCUUCGCCAAGGCAGGCGACAUGGUGAUACCGCUUGCCGCGGUCGCGCUCGCGCUCGUAGUGCACGCACAGCAGCGAUGCAACUACGCGAUUGUUAGUAGGAUGGGCAAGCCGGAGCAGAAGAAGCUGCAUCACAUCUUCUAACUGAUUUCUGUAUUUGCAACAACGCAUAUCUUACCAAGCCAAUAGGUGUUUCAGAACCCUUGAUCAUGGCAACUGAAAAAGUAAAUUUACAGAAACCGGGAUGUACCGGUGGGGAAUCCACUAUCCAUUGGUUUCAUCAAGAUC